AAAAAAAAAGAAAAACGAUUCGACCGUCAAGCAGACAGUAAAAACUACGGGCUGUAAGGAAACGACUUUCCGGUAACAGCAAAGACCACAACGACUCACUGUGAAGAAAAACACGGUGGACGCACUUGACUACAGAAAAGAGAUCUCGAGGCUGACCACAUUUCUUAACCCUUUUGACAAAUUUUAAAGGGAAGAUAUGGCGAGCAACACGAGGACUGAUCCAACUUGUUUUUAGAAAACCUUGUUGUGCGCACAGACAGUAAUUUGCACCUUGCUCCUACCCUUCGUUUGGAGCCCAGUUCAACGUUCUCUAACGGCAACAGUACCAGAGGGACCCAUUUCAUACUCGGACCAUUGGCUGGUGCUGCUGCAGUGACCGCUCUCCGAUUGGCUCAGAUUGAGACUCAGGCACAGAUUGCUCUCCAGCAGCUUGCUACUCUAGAGACCAUAACUCUCGGCUACCAGUGUCAAAACAGGUUUGCAGCGGCGUUACCUCCUCACCUGGCCCUCCUGAGUUUUCUCAGUAGACAACAGGUGGCAGCUGUUGGGUUUAACGUGGACACAAACCGCAAAACUUGCAGAAACACACAGCCGUGUCUCUCUGCUGUCAUGUACCACCACCCCUCCCAGCAACAGGGGCAACAGUCCUUCUCUAAUGGGCCCAGACCUCCUCACCAUCAGCCACCUCCAAAUCAGCAUCAGAAUCGCUCAUCUUCUGAUAUGAUGGGUUUCCAGUUUCCUCGUCCCACCCAGCUCCCUGAUGAACUAGAGUCUGCCCUGGCUAUCCGUGGUGCUAGGGACAUGGACCAUCGCCUCAUUGACCACAUGAGCCGAUCAAACCAACACCAGAACCAAGGCUCAGGUUCUGGGAUCAGUCAACAUGGAAGUUACGGCUCUAACCCAAUAGCACUCACAUCUGAUAAUCAGCCUGGCCACCAGCAAGGAGUAGACUGGUCAAGCUACCAACCUCCAACUAAACUGUUUGCAAGUCCUCCGCCUAGUGCUAGCCACCAGUCCCAACUGCUCCAGGGGCCUCAACAGCAGCCCCAGACCAGCCACGCUGGAACAAGCAGCUGGACUGCCCCUGUAAGUGCCUCAACGUUGCCCCAAGCCCGGCACCCCCGUGGCGGCGGUGGUGGGGAUGGUCAGGGUUUGUACACACCAGAGAGUGCAGGAAGUAUCUUGGCUAGCUUUGGACUUUCAAAUGAGGACUUGGAGGUGCUGAGUCACUACCCUGAUGAUCAACUAACCCCAGAUACUUUACCAUUCAUACUCCGGGACAUCCAAAUCAAUAAGUCGGGCAACCAGAAAACUCUGUCUUCCGCUUCCUCAUCCUCGUUCUCACGCAACGUACAUGAUGGGCCGCUGCCUGCUACCCGCUCUUCACCAUUGGCGCGUUCAUGCUCUCCCACAGUGCCCAGCCUUCUUACUGUUACACAGACGGCAGGUAAAGUCAUUGACUACGGUCAUGCCAGUCGGGCGAAGGAUGAGAGUAGUACCAGAGAGACUUUCAAAAGGGAGCAGCUCUCAAGUGAAAGGACAGUUAAAAUGUAUCCGUCUUCACCGCUGUCCUCGUCGGCUCCAAAAGCUGAUAAAGCUGAAAGGCGGCAGGUUCGUUUGGAACACGCCGAAUCAAGCAAACACGGAGACCGCGACUAUCGCAGGACGAGCACCGACCAUCGCAAGAGCCACCGAUCACCUGGAAGAGAAUUUCCGCCACCAUCCAAAUCUCGUAAUUUAGACCGAGACUACAGGCACGACGGACCCAAACCUAGGCCCUCAUCGGAAACCAGGAGCGAGGCUUCCUCGAGACGGUCUGUCUCCUCUUCGUCUGGCUCAAAACCGCACAGCAGCAGCAAGAAGUUACCAACCCCCACCAUGAUAAGCGAUUUCUCAGCUGUGUCUCCAAAGGUGUAUCCCCACACCUGCUCCCUGUGCCACAUACAGUGUGAUCAGGAAAAGGACUGGGUUGACCAUGUUAACACCGUCAACCACACUGCUGCCUGCAGAGACCUGCGCAACAAGUACCCUGACUGGAAACCAAAUCUACCAAGUCGGAGCGGACGAUAUGGCAGCCGGGCUCUGUGGGACCCCAAGGAUCACUCUCCAUCCCAUUCCGUGUCUCGAUCCCUAUCUUGUUCUCUUACCCCUAGUCCUCCUCACAGCAGACACAGGGUGGGCCCCCAUCUUCACAGGCCUCACAGAAGGCCUUACUCUCCUCACCAUCAGCCUCGCCACCAACACUACACAGGUGGUUUCUCUCACAGCGGUGUGAAACGUCCGCAUGAUGAUUUAGCCAAAUUCUUCACUGACGCAAGCCGACAUCCAUCCUCCUCCAAGGCAGGUCACGGCUCCAAACCGAGACCAUUACAGGUCACCAAAACUGUCAAGAGCGGGACUCGGCCUGGAACCAAGAUGACUAAGACUGCAAGUGCCAAGGCCGCCGACACAGUGGGUUCUGUCAAGCCUCCACCAGCCAAGAAAAAGAAGAAAGUAGUGACUCCGGCCUCCCAGGACUCGUCUGUCGCAGAUCGUCUGGUUUAUCUGACGGGCAUCCCAAAGGACGCAUCAGAGCAGGAAGUUACCGACCUGGUCAGGUCCUUUGGCAAGAUCAACAACGUGAUCCUCAUGCCAUGCUCCGAGGAAGAGAGCGAGAAGGGAGAAGGGCAAAAGGCAUCUGUAUGCAUGGUGAAGGCUGAAGAUGCUCAGGCUCUGGCUAACUCAGCAAAUCUCUCAAUCAGAGACCAGCAAAUCACCGCUUCAGUAGCCAAGAAACCUGAAGCAGGGCAGUCCUCUGAUGCUAACAACAGCAAACCUGCUCCAGGACAGGACAAAGGUGCUGCUGUGGAAGACUCUGCAGGUGAGGCUGACCAGAAGACUUCUGAUGAGAAGGGCAUGCUGUUGAUCACAGGACUUCCUGAGAGCGGCUGGUCAGAGAGUGACAUCGUUAAGCUGGUCCAGACCUUUGGAACUCCCUCCGACAUCAUCCUGGCACCACAAAUUGGAAAGGUACUUGUGUCAGUGCCAGACACAGAUAUUGCUCAAGAGAUAGUGAAAGUCCACACCUUUAUUCCUGCGAAGAUUAAAGACUCUGAGCUGAAGAUGAUCCAUCUCAAGCAGUGUAUCGGCCUCAGCACACCGGUGGCUCUCUACAAUCUCCUGAUGGGAUCAGUAGACCCAUUAGAGAGUCCUGUUCCAGUAAACUGGAGCAGCCUGUUGGUAAUCAGUAAUGUUCCCAACACGAUGUCCGGCUCCUCGGAGGUCCAGAAUCUGGUGCGACGCUUUGGCACCGUCAUCAAGACCCUGGUGCUCAACAAUACCGUUAUUUGUGAGAUGGCGACCGCAGCCAUGGCCCUGUCUGUUUACAAGCGCUUCCAGACGUUUCCGUGCAUCAUCCAGAACAACCCUCUCUUCUUCUCCCGCAAGCCUGACCCCAAAACCAACACCCAGACCAAAGUCAUCACAGCAUACCUUGAUUCAUCUGAGGAUACACCUGCAAGUUGCAAGGGCAGUGUCAGUGAGCCAGCUGCAGACGAAGAGGAGACGGCACCUAAAGAUGACUCUGAAUCUCCAUUGGAGCAGAUGGAAAAAGACUAUGAUGGGAAGGACAAGAAGAUGACGAGCACGGAGAAGACAGUCGGAGAAGACGACGCUUCGGGAGAAAACGGGAGCGAAGACGUCAAGAUCCAAAAAGAUGAGCUUGCCAAUCCUGUCUGUGAGUCUUUGGCUGCACCGGACACCAAACCAGAAGCAGACUUGGAAACGGACGUUAAGGAAACGUUGGCUGCUGAAACUGUCGUGGAGAUGGCAGAAGAGACAAACCGUGUCGACGCAUCCAAAGCGGGACAUAACACAUCUGCAGGUGAAGAGACAAAGCCAGCUAGCUCUGAUGGCAAAGCAGUUUCCCAGGAUACGGCCAUGCCGCCGCUCCCUAAGGUUACCCAAGAGAUGGUUAACGCGCUGCUUGUGGAAUGCCGAACAAGAACCGCCAACAAUUCCAACAACGCAGCUUCUUCCACUAAUGGAGAGCAGGGGCAGAAACAGACGGAGACGGAGCAGGACGACAAAGUAGCAGAGGAGACAAAAAAGCCAACCAAGAACCACACAGAGGAAGAGGUGAAGAAGCAGGAGAGGGAGCGGAAAGAGAGCGAGGCAAGAAAGGAGAAGGAGUCCAGGGAGAGGAGGGCCAAGAGGGAGAGGGAUGAAAGAGCCAGGAGGGAGAAGAGGGAGGAGGAAAGAAGGGAGUGGGAGAGGAGGGAUAGAGAGAGGAGGGAGAGGAAGAGAGCGUACGGUGAAGGAUUGUCGGGAUUUAGAUCGUCGAGCAGGUUCGAGGGAUACAGGCAGAGCUCUUGGAGGGAUGAAGAGAGUCACAACUCCAAAGCUGAGACCAAAACGGUGGAGGAGGACUGUGACGAGUUCCCAUUCAACAUGAGUGACUUUGUGACGGUAGAUGAAGUGGGAGAUGUGACAGACCUUCCUUGCUCUCCUUCUCCCACUGUUCCCAUGGAAACCACAGAGGGAGGGGAAGACGCUCCCGCAUCUGUCGAACAGGACGCGCCAGCGGUUACCGCAGAAACAUCAGCGUCCGACACCACAGCUGCCCCGGUGAAGUCUGACGAGCGACCACCAGAGUCUGAACCUGUGACUGCGCUGACAGCUGAGACUUCAGGCACGUCGGCGUCAUCAGUUUUAACGCCCGGUCCGGUCCUCAACGCCGCGGCCCCCCCCUCACCGGCUUCACAGUCAGACUCUUCCCGCAGCCAGACACACGAGCCAGUAUGUCAUCCAGAAGAACCUGAGAUCACACCUGACGCAGAAACCACACUGACAGCCACUCUGGACUCGUCCGCUGAGGUUGAAACACUUCCCACGUCUACCCCUGCAGCUCCAGCUACCCUCGCUGGCUCCUCCUCAAACAGCCCAGCAACAGGGGUAGUGACUGCAGAGAGUGAGGAAGGUGAGAAAGAGGACAACGCUCUCAAUCACAGUGAGGCUAAGGCGGAGGAGGAGGCGGUGGCGGCGGCGGCGGUGGUGUCGGACAAAACGGAGCAACGGGAGGAGAAGCAAGAUGAAGAGGACAAGGAGGCGGGAGCUCCUGCUCUGACGACGGGAAAACACAAGAGAUCUGAAGACCAAACAAACACUGAAGAGGAGAGUGUGGAGAAGAAAUUAAAGACGGAAACUCUCAUGAGCACAGGCUGCGCCCUCCCUCCUUACAACCCCAGCAAGCCAGUUGGUAUGGAGUUCUUGAUCCCAAAGACGGGUUUCUUCUGUAAGGUGUGUAAUAGGUUCUUCAGUGGAACCAAAGAGGCAGAGAUCAGCCACUGUAAAACCCUCAAACACUACGAGAACCUACAGAAAUACUUGCUCACCGCGGAUAUGGCCACUGUGACGGCCAAACCGGACUCCAGCUGAAAAUAUGGCGAUGAAACUCCUGACUGAAUUUGUCAUUCUCUUCCUUUUUGUAUUGUCUCUUCAUUUCAAACAGGGCCCAUAUUCUCAUAUUGGUGUAGAUUAGGCUCAUGAUCUGGCUCUGUUUGACUAUAUGGUGUUAAUUUUCAUGUACAAUUAAGAGAAACAAGUGUUAGCUGUGUACAGUGGAAGGUGGCUGGCAGUAGGAACUGUUCACAAUCAAUAAAAUCUUUUGUUAAA